AGUUCUGCUUCCAAGGGUCUGGCUGGGCCUGGAUUGUGGUCAGAUGUGGACAGGAGCCUGCUGGGGCCUGUUCAGCUAUGCGAAGGCUGUGGAAGGAGCAGGCUGCCCUCACAGGAAAUGUGAGUUCUCAGGUGGCAACAGAAAGCAACAGGGGCAAAGUAAAGCGCAGAUCCCACUAUCCAUCCACAAAGUUGAACCAGCUUGAGGCACCAGAACACACCCAGUCCCCGUCUCUGGAGAUGCUGUUACGCAGGUUGAGGGCCACGGAAGCCCAGCAGGAUGACAAGUUUGCCAACAUCCUGGAUGUGGUGGGGGAGUUUGGCACAUUCCAGAAGAGGCUGGUGGCCCUCACCUUCAUCCCCAACAUCCUGUUGGCCUUCUUCAUGUUUGCUGACAUCUUCGUGUUCACAGCCCAGAAGCCUUAUUGCAAUACCAGCUGGAUACUGGCAGUGGACCCCAGCCUGUCAGAGGCUCAGCAGUUGAAUCUGACCCUGCCCCGAGAACCCAAUGGCAGUUUCCAGACAUGCCUCAUGUACUUGCCUGUGGCCUGGGAUCUGGAAUCUAUUAUCCAAUUUGGCCUCAACUACACAGAGUCAUGCCAAGAUGGGUGGAUCUAUCCUGAGACGAAGAAGCGAUCGCUGGUCAAUGAGUUUGACUUGGUGUGUGGCAAGGACCGGGACACGGAAGGCGUGCAGACCAUGCUCACGGCUGGCCUCCUAAUAGCGUCCCUCAUCUUUGGGUUCGUAAGUGACAAGCUGGGCCGCUACCCCACCAUCCUGAUGUCGCUGCUGGGGCUGGCCAUCUUCGGCUUCGGGGCAGCCUUCGUCAACAGCUUUCACCAGUACCUGUUCUUCCGCUUCGGCGUGUCCCAGGCCUUAGUGGGCUACGCCAUCAGCAGCCUGUGUUUAGCCACUGAGUGGCUAAUGGGCCAGCACCGGGCCCACGCCAUCAUCCUGGAACACUGCUUUUUCUCUGUGGGAAUCCUGUUUCUGACCGGGCUUGCCUACAGCCUUCCCCACUGGCGGUUGCUGUUUCUGGUGGGUGGGGCACCUGUGUUCCUCCUCAUCUCCUACAUCUGGAUCGUGCCGGAGUCCCCGCGGUGGCUGCUGAUGAAAGGGAAGCUAGAGGACGCCAAGCAGGUGCUGUGCUAUGCGGCCAGUGUGAACAAGAAGGUCAUUCCCUUAAGUCUGCUGGACAAGCUGCAGCUGCCUGGAAAGAAGGUGACUAAGGCCUCUGUCCUGGACUACUAUAACAAUAAGCACUUCCUCAAGGUGACCUUGGUGAUGGGUUGUGUGUGCUUUACUGUGGGUUACAGCUAUUUCACGCUGAGCCUCAAGUUGAAGAAUUUGGGUGUGGACCUCCACUUCACACAAGUGAUUCUUGGCAUCAUGGAGGUGCCCGCCUGCCUCUGCUGCAUCUUUCUCCUUGAGCAGAUGGGGAGGAAGUGGAGCCUGAUUGCGACUCUCUUCCAAGGCUCCCUUAUGUGCUUGCUCGUUCUUAUCCUCCCCUCAGAGUUGAAAUCCAUGAUAAUCUUGAUGGUCGUGCUUGGAGAGUUCAGCCUGGCGGCCUCGGUCUCCGUGUUCUUCAUCUACACCGCGGAGCUCCUGCCCACUGUCCUCAGGGCGACAGGUCUGGGCCUGGUGUCUCUGGCCUGGGCAGGUGGAGCCAUCUCAUCCCUGGCGGUCAGCCACCAGAAACUCACCCUCCUACCCAUAUUUCUCUGCUGCAUCUCGGCUGCCCUGGCCUUGUUCCUCUGCUCCCUGCUACCGGAAACGCAAGAUCGGGCUCUCCCUGAUAACCCGGAGCACUGCUUCCUGCAGACAAAGAACAUGGCUGAGGACCCGUUCACUGAGGAGGUAGUAUCUGGUGAUGGGACUGCGGAAGUGAUGAAGAACACCAUUCUCAAUUCCACGAUGCUGAAAUCGGACUUGGACAUUCAUCUUGGCAGAACGCAUCUUUGCAUGGCAAGGGAAAGGAAAGAGACCCACGGAAUGACUGAGCCCCAGGCCCCCAGAUGAUCUCGGUGGGAGCUGAGUGGCUGGGUGUGGGGCUGUGCACUCCCGGCCACGAAUUCCAGGCCCAAUCCAGCUUGGGGGUAGGUCAGUCCUGCUCCAAGGCCAGCCCUCGAGAUCCAAAAAUGGCCCCUCCUGGGCGAGCUAGGGUGUGAUUCAUUCUAAUAAAGGCACCAUG